UAACGAGGAUGUUUUGUAAUAAAAUCAAAAAAGAUGAGGUGGCAAGAAGAUCCAGAUUGGGGCAGGAAGCAUUCUUAACUUUGGUCUGUGAUCAGCAAAAAUAGAAGAAGCAAUCUAGGAGAAGCUCAAAGUAAAUCGAAGAAAUUCCAAUUGUGUUAAAAUGUUAUCUUCUGUUAUUCGGUGUAUCGUUAGCAAGAGAAUACUCCCAAUUUCAUCAUCUGGAUUCCGGACUUUGCACAACGUUGUUGGUAUUGGUGGUGGGGAUGAUCAUAUCAAUAAGAUUCCGAACAAUUCUAAUUACCAUGUCAGCUCAACUGAUUACAUGCGUGGAGUUGUGUUUUGGGAACCCAAUAAACCACUUACCAUCGAACAGUUUCAAAUUCCGCGUCCCAAAGCCUCUGAGCUACUCAUUAAAACUAAAGCUUGUGGAGUUUGCCACUCUGAUCUUCAUGUUAUAAAAGGAGAACUUCCAUUUGCUAGCCCCUGUGUUAUUGGCCAUGAAAUUACUGGUGAAGUUGUUGAACAUGGACCAUUGACAGAUCGGAAAAUUGUCGAAAGAUUUCCUAUUGGAUCUCGUGUCAUUGGAGCUUUUAUAAUGCCAUGCGGUAACUGCUCAUAUUGUUCUAAGGGUCAUGAUGAUUUGUGUGAGGAUUUUUUUGCUUAUAAUCGAGCCAAAGGUACUCUCUAUGAUGGUGAAACUCGGCUAUUCCUCCGCAACAAUGGAAAGCCGGUAUACAUGUAUAGCAUGGGAGGCCUUGCAGAGUAUUGUGUUGUUCCGGCACAUGGAUUGACUAUUUUACCAGACUCAUUGCCAUACACAGAGUCUGCAAUUUUAGGAUGUGCAGUAUUUACUGCCUAUGGUGCAAUGGCCCAUGCAGCAGAAGUACGCCCUGGGGAUUCUAUUGCCAUCAUUGGAAUUGGGGGCGUUGGCUCAAGUUGUUUGCAGAUAGCACGGGCAUUUGGUGCCUCUGAUAUUAUUGCUGUGGAUGUUCAGGAUGAUAAACUACAGAAAGCUAAGAUUUUUGGCGCAACUCACACUAUAAAUUCAACAAAAGAAGAUCCUAUUGAAAGAAUUAGAGAAAUAACAGGAGGAAGAGGUGUAGACAUUGCUGUGGAAGCGUUGGGCAAACCAUUGACAUUUUCACAGUGUACGCAGAGUGUAAGAGAUGGAGGGAAAGCUGUCAUGAUUGGACUUUCGCAAGCUGGUGCUGUUGGCGAGAUAGACAUAAAUCGUCUUGUUCGUCGUAAGAUUAAAGUGAUUGGGUCUUAUGGAGCAAGGGCAAGGCAGGAUCUUCCAAAGUUGGUAAAGCUUGCAGAAUCAGGUAUUUUCAAUCUGAGUGAGGCUGUUUCGAGAAAAUACAAAUUUGAGGAGGCAGGCAAAGCAUUCCAGGAUCUCAACGAGGGAAAGAUUGUCAGUCGAGCUGUAGUUGAAAUAAUGUAGAUUUCCGUCAUCGGGGUAAUCUCUCUUUGGAGUGAGGUUUGGUUGUUUUUAGGUACUUAUCAUUCUACCAUCAUCUGCCAAUUUGAAUAAGAUGUCCAAAUCUAUCUACUUUUGGAUUGGAUUUUCUGUAUCCAUGAAUUCAUAUCCUAAUGCAAAAGCUUUUCAAUGAGUGCCAUUGCCUCUGCUA